UUUGGGGAGCGAGCGCGAGGCUGGUCCGUCGCCUCAGCGGCUCCUUUUCCUGUGGCGGCGCGCGAGGGAGCCGGGGCGCGGGUGUGAGGGAGGAAAGGACUCUCUGUGAGGAGGAGAGCCGGCCCUUCCUUGCUCGCUUCUUCGGGACGGACUGAACAAAGAAGGUCGGGGGAAGGAAGCCAAGGAAGGGAGUGGAGUUUCUCGCCGGCCGUUUGGGCUCAAAGUUCCUCUUGUUGAGGAGGGAAGGCGGCGCCUCCUCCUCCUCCUCCUCCUCACAGGGCCCAGGCGAGGCCAGGCGGCGAUGCUGUCCAACUCCCAGAACCAGGGCCCUCCCGCCCUGUUCCCCAACCCGCCGCCCCCUCCGCCCCUGCCGCCGCCUCAGCAGCAACAAUUGGCCCCCCAACAGCAGCAGCAGCAGCAAUUCCCUCAGUUCCACCUCAAGUCCGCCCUCCCGAUCAAGAAGAACGCCAUCACGGAUGACUACAAGGUCACCACGCAGGUCCUGGGGCUGGGCAUCAACGGGAAAGUCCUGGAGAUCUUCAACAAGAAGACCGGGGACAAGUUCGCCCUCAAGAUGCUACAAGAUUGUCCGAAAGCUCGCAGGGAGGUGGAGCUCCACUGGAGGGCAUCUCAGUGUGCUCAUAUAGUGAAGAUUAUAGAUGUCUAUGAAAACCUUUACCAGGGUCGAAAAUGUCUUCUCAUAGUCAUGGAAUGCUUGGAUGGUGGGGAACUCUUCAGUCGAAUUCAAGACAGAGGAGACCAAGCUUUCACAGAAAGAGAGGCUUCUGAAAUAAUGAAGAGCAUUGGAGAAGCCAUUCAGUAUUUACAUUCAAUCAAUAUCGCACAUCGAGAUGUUAAGCCAGAAAACCUCUUAUAUACUUCAAAAAGACCGAAUGCUGUAUUAAAACUAACAGACUUUGGAUUUGCCAAAGAAACCACCACACAUAACUCCUUAGCUACGCCAUGCUAUACACCAUACUACGUAGCUCCAGAAGUAUUAGGCCCGGAGAAAUACGACAAGUCCUGUGACAUGUGGUCCCUUGGUGUCAUCAUGUAUAUUUUACUGUGUGGUUAUCCCCCCUUCUAUUCCAACCAUGGUCUGGCCAUUUCUCCAGGCAUGAAGAAACGGAUCCGGAUGGGUCAAUAUGAAUUCCCAAAUCCGGAGUGGUCUGAAGUAUCAGAAGAAGUCAAACAGCUGAUUAGAAAUUUACUGAAAACGGAUCCAACCCAGCGAAUGACAAUAACAGAGUUCAUGAAUCAUCCCUGGAUCAUGCAGUCAAUGCAGGUGCCACAGACACCACUGCACACUAGUAGAGUUUUGAAAGAAGAGAAAGAUCUAUGGGAAGAUGUCAAGGAGGAGAUGACAAGUGCCUUGGCCACCAUGAGAGUGGAUUAUGAACAAAUCAAGAUUAAGAAAAUUGAAGACUCGUCUAAUCCAUUACUUAUGAAGAGGCGGAAGAAAGCCACUGCCCCUGAACCUACAGCACUCCCUCACUGAAAGCUCAGUAGAGCCAAGCCCGGUGGUUGUGAAAGCAAUAACUAUAUCUAUAUAUUUUUUAAACAAAUCAGAGAUAAGACUGUCAUAUCAAGCGCAUGGAAUUAAGAUCUUUAUACCAGACUAGUUAUUUUUUUAGCUGCCCCUCAUGAUUCUGACCUAUCUAGGGUCAGACAGGAGACAGCUGCACUCUGUACAAUACAUAAUAUUAUUAUAUUUUUAUUUUUGUCCUGUAGGGGAAAAUAUUUUCAAUAAUUGGGUUUUUAUUGGUUAAAAUCUCCUGCUUUUCUCCCCCCAGAGACACUGAAAUUCCUGUGAUCAGCAUAUUUAAGGUGAUAUAUAUAUAUAUAUAUAUAUAUAUAUAUAUAUAUAUAUGCGCGUACAUACAUAUAUACAUAUGUAUAUGUAUAGAUCUCACUACUGUAGAGCUGAAAUCCAGACAGUCAGAGUCAUGUGCUAAGUACUGUGUCAUUUUUAAGAGUUAAAGGCUAUCAGUUUGCAUCAAAAGAAGAAUCAAGGCUGUUGAAGAAAUGCCACCUGAAGAAAAGGCAUUGUUGAUACUGUGGUCUUCAUUAAACACCAGUAACCAUUCCUUUGCAGUUGGACCUUAAGUACAGUUUACAGGUCCUGGGAGAUACUCAAUUGUCCCACAUGCAAGAUACCUCUUUAAACUGGAAGCCUUUUCUCUCUCUCCUUCCCUCCCCCCUUCUUUCUCCUCCUUCCUCCCUCUCUCCUUUCUCCAUCUCCCUCACUUCUCCCUUUCUCUGGGUAUGCACAGGAUUAUUUCCCCCUUAAUUGUAAGUUUUGUGGAUAGUAUGUAACAAUGUGCUAGGAUGUGUAUUAAAUGUGUGUAAGUGUAGACAGGAAGGCCCCACCCCACUUUUGUAUUCUUGAAUUUUUGAGGGGUAGCUGUCAAAUCUAUGAUGCACCCAGAAUUCAGUUAUGAUCUCAGGGUAAUUUGGGUGAGUGGGGCGGAAAGCUGUUGUGUGAUGGAUGAUUGUUCUGUUUCACUAGCUGAGGUGACCUUCCCAAAGCACUACACCAGCAUAUAUCCUGUUGCCCAGUUUCAUCACCAUCUCAUUCAACAUAGAAGUCUAAAUCUUGGUGCAGUUUAAAAAUUCUGUGGUCAGUUGGCAGGCUCAUCCUCCCCAUCAAUGAAUCCUUUUCUACUGGAUGCUGUAUUAAGGAACAAUAAUGGAACAGCCACUUAUAUUUUCCAAGAAUCCACAACUCAUUGGAAUGCACAACAAAGGCUGAAAUUAGAGCUGUUCAUCCCAUUGCAAAAUAGCUUGAGGUUUCGGUGGGUACUAUUUGUCAUCUCCCCACUCUGAUGGAGUACCCUAAAAAUAGGGCUUUAUUGGGUGGACUCCUUGGUGUCUUUGGGUGUUAUCUUGACAACGUAGCAGAACUGUUAAUAAUAUGGUAAGAGGGCUUACCCAUGAAACCAAAAGACUUUAGCUGGUAUUUGAAGGAGAUGAGAUAGAACCUGUAUGGGCUGUAGACUCCUGCCGUUACUCUAGUUUCUACUAGGAGACAGCUGCCUGAAGUCAAGCACUCUUAAGGCUUACUCUAAGUACUUUUGGUUAAGUACUUUCUUCAAAAAAAAGGUAAAAGGUACCUUAACAUUUAAUAUUGCCUCGCUAUGUUGGUGGUCAGUUCAUUUGUCUGACUCUUUUGGUAUAUUUUUAGUCCAUGAAUGAAUAUUGUUUGCCAUGUUUGUUUCACUGGCAUUUUAAUGUUUUUUAAAAAAAUCCACACUUUCUUUUCUUUUCUUUUUUAAAAGAAAGGUCUAGCUUUUAGGUGACAUUUUAGACACUGUAUGGAAUUUUCAUUUGUAAAAAAAGGUUCAAUUUUAUUUGGUUGGUGUCUCAUGCUGAAACAAAUUAUUUGAUUUGCGUUCUCCAUUCUGGAUUAAAGACACCUAAUACAACAGA